AUGGCUGAGGACUACGAUGCUGAUCUGGCAGAGGCCAUAAGGCUCUCGUUGAUGGAUCAGGGAUCUGGGGACACUAAUGCGGCUGCAACAACAACAAAAUCAACUCGUAUCAAGAAGGAAGAAAUCGAUCCACCAAUAAUUAUACUGGAUGAUAGCGAUGACGAUGAUAAGAUUUUGGUCAAAAAGGCUAUCAAGAAGGAGGAAGAACAAGAGCAACGGGAACGAAGCAAGGGCAAAUCCAAGGCAAUCAAGAAGGAGAAUAUCAAGGAAGAAAGAUCGAAGUCUUCGGGAUUGCUAGGAUUGGAUAGAGGCCGGAUGGAGCGAGAGCGUCUAGCGAGACUGAAGCGAAAGACUCCGGAUGACAGCUAUGUCCCGCAAGCUAAACAUGCAAAGUCACUGGCGACACAGGACCUGACAAUCAAGAAGGAGGAACCGACUGAAUCAUCGUCGGCAGGGCCAAGCAAGAGUACAAGAGGACCCUUCAUGACUUUGCGCGACUUGCAAGAAAGAGUAACCAAUUAUGUUCCACGAGCUACCCAAUUUCAUGAUGGUAUCGUCAAGAAGACAUAUAUUCAAGGAGUCGCCCGUACAUCUGACGAUAUUACUAUCGAAGAAGUACUCCAGAAGGACACCCUGCAAACUGCUGUUCUCUCAGCGUACCAAUGGGACUUCCUCUGGAUUCUAGAGAAGAUCAAAACCGGAGAAUGUGACCUUGUGCUAGUGCUUCAUGCAAAGGAGGACGAAGUGGUUGACCAUUAUCGGAGGAAUCUGUGUAACAUCCCACGAACACGCCUCUGUUUCCCAGACAUGUCUGGGAAUGUAAAUAUUAUGCACUCGAAGCUGCAACUUUUGUUCCAUCUUACUCAUUUACGGGUAGUGGUUCCAACAGCCAAUCUUACAUCCUAUGAUUGGGGAGAGGCAACUGGGACAGGCAGCAACGAAGGUGUCAUGGAGAAUAGCGUAUUCAUUAUCGAUUUUCCAGAACUACCAAAAACUUCGACAGAAGGAUCGACUAAUCCUUCUCACACACCCUUCUCGAGAAAUCUCUUACAUUUCUGCAAGGCAAAAGGGAUGCCGUCCGAUAUCAUAAAAAAAGUCGACCAAGUCUACGACUUUACUCGAAGCCAGCGAUUAGGCUUUGUUUACAGUAUCGGGGGCUCGCAUCAUGGAGAUGAAGCACUCAGAAAUGGAGUUUGUGGAUUAGCCUGUGCUGUCAGGGAUUUGGGGCUAAAGACCCGAAAGCGAGUGGAGGCCGACUAUAUUACCUCGUCUCUAGGAAGUCUAAAUAAAGAGUUUCUACUAAGGAUUUAUCGCGCUCUUCACGGCGACGAAGGGAAGAAAUCCGUCCAGAAUAUUCCUAAAACGUUUAUUGGCCGCCAAGUUAAAGCACCAGAGGACGAGAGUACGGAUUCGGAGACAGAGGAAGAUGAGAGCGACGACAAAGUCUGGAGAGAUAACGGUGGUACAAUAUGUUUUCAACGACAGUGGUUCAACGGUUCUAAAUUCCCACAAUCGUUGUUGCAUGAUUGCCAGAGUGUCCGUCGAGGCAUGCUUAUGCAUAACAAGAUCAUAUUUGUUCGUCUCCCACGGCCUCGUGGAAAUAGUAUUGGCUGGGCAUACGUUGGUUCUCACAAUCUUAGCGAAAGCGCAUGGGGUAAACUAGUGUGGGAUCGAUCAGAGAAAGAUUUCAAGAUGUCCAAUCGUAAUUGGGAGUGUGGUGUAAUCGUGCCCGUAGCUCUUCCUGACGGGCAGGAACACACUCGGGGACCUCGAGCUGAGGCAUCGACACCGGAUAUGGGCAUUUUUACAGACGUCGUUCCGGUGCCUAUGUCGAUUCCAUCUGCAGUUCUUUCGACGGUAGACAACCCACCAUGGUAUUUCGGCGAGUUGCGUGGGGACUCGUGA